AUGAUGCGGCCUCGUGCCUCGAGCUGUGGCCGCUGCCUGGCACACAAGAGGCUCUUCUCAACGACACAUCACCAGGCUGAGCAAUUUCAAAAUGCCCCCUCCCCGCCAGAUGUCGGCUACACUCGGCUCACAAACCGCGGCCUCAUAUCCAUUACCGGAGUUGAUAGCUCAACUUUCCUUCAAGGCCUGAUCACCCAGAACAUGCUGGUUGCCAAUGACCCGAAUAAGAGUAUCCGUCGCACGGGUACAUAUGCAGCUUUCCUCAAUUCCCAGGGCCGUGUCUUGAACGAUACGUUUAUUUACCCGGUCCCGAACGCAGACGGUAGUGACAUUGAAAGAGAAUGGCUGGUUGAAGUGGAUAAGAAUGAACUUCCGACGUUGAUGAAGCACUUGAAAAAACACAAAUUGCGCGCGAAGCUGAAGCUACGUGCCCUUGAGGAUGGUGAGCGGACUGUCUGGUCGUCGUGGAAGAACCACUCAGAGCCACGGUGGGCAGUUUACAACCUCGAGUCCGAGACGGCGUCACCAUUCUCUUCGUCUUCGAAUGUCGUGGGGUGUAUCGAUGCCCGGGCUCCGGGUUUCGGGACCCGUCUCGUAACUCCAGGAUCAGAAGACUUGCGCACCCAUCUGCCCGACGAGUCGCAGGUUGCUGGAUCCGAGGUGGGACUGGGCUCAUACACCGUGCGCCGGAUCCUGCAUGGUGUUGCCGAGGGCCAGAAAGAGAUUAUCCGCGAGUCAGCGCUGCCACUCGAAUGCAAUAUGGAUAUGGGACGGGCCAUUGAUUUCCGCAAGGGCUGCUAUGUCGGCCAAGAAUUGACCAUUCGUACACACCACACGGGCGUGGUGCGGAAGCGCAUUCUCCCCGUUCAGCUUUACACUGGGGAUCUGUCUUCAGCAGAGUCCCCUGUGUAUGACCCCUCGGUGGAGCUUUCUCUGCCGCCUCAUGGAUCGAACAUCAACAAGGCUGGUGGCCGCCGGGGCCGCAGCGCUGGAAAGUUCUUGGAUGGCGUGGGCAACAUCGGGCUUGCAUUGUGUCGUCUGGAAAUGAUGACCGAUAUCGCGUUGACCAGUGAGGGAACACAAUAUACUCCUGGAAACGAGUUCAAGGCCUCGUGGACCUUAGAUUCGGAGCAGCCGGCCGAAGUCAAGGUGCAGGCUUUUAUUCCGCCUUGGACAAGAGAGUUCAUUCUCGCUGGUGGUGCACGAAAGCCACCCACACGAAAAGUUGAUAUGGAAGGCGAACGGGCGCGAGUCCUCGUUGAACAGCUUGAAGAGGAAGAAGCACAGCGACGGACCGAAUAG